GCAGUGAUGGCUACAGAUCAACGGCUAUAAAGCGAGGGUAAAAAAAAUAUCUGAUUACAACUUUGAGGAGAAAAUGGAAGCGCUGGGUGGUGGUAGCGGCGGGAUCUUGGGUUGGACCUUCUUACGAAGAAAAACGAAACCUUGUAAUUCUUCAAGUAGAAAUUCUAAGUCCUCUGAUUCAGUGGAGGCAGCCGGACAAUCCGGUUAUCGGUUUCCCUUAAAGCAGGCGGUAACCGCCGGCUCACUCGCUUUUGCUGGUGACACCAUCGCUCAAGUCAUUGACCGGUGGAACAAAAACAAGGCUUUGAAACAACAUUCCGAGAAGAAUGACUUCUGGGCCAUUCUUCUUGAUCAUGACUGGAUCCGUGCUCUGCGGAUGACUUCUUAUGGGUUCCUUCUGUACGGCCCUGGUUCAUAUGCAUGGUACCAGUUUCUUGAUUAUCGUAUGCCAAAACAAACAGUGGAGAAUUUAUUUCUGAAGGUUUUAUUAAACCAAAUAGUGCUUGGCCCAUGUGUGAUUGCUGUUGUCUUUGCUUGGAACAAUUUAUGGCUAGGAAAGGUUUCUGAGCUUCCAAACAAGUAUAAAAAAGAUGCUCUGCCCACACUACUUUAUGGAUUUAGGUUCUGGAUCCCUGUCAGUGUAUUAAAUUUUUGGGUGGUCCCUCUUCAAGCUCGUGUAGCUUUCAUGUCAAUGGGCUCCAUAUUUUGGAAUUUCUAUUUAUCAUCGACCAUGAGCAAGUAGAUUCUUCAUUACUGGGUUUUGGUGAUAAUGCAUGGGAGUUUUGAGUGUGAGGACUUAAGCUGAAGAAAAAGAGUGGGGAUGAGAAUAUCUGAUUUCAAUUAUGCUCUUCAUUUCCUUUUAUUAGUUGACCUGGAGAGCAGAUUUCCUGCCCGUUUGAGAUGCUGAGAAGAGGGUUUUGUUGCUGACUGCAAAGUUACUUGAAAUGCAUACAAGAUUAAUUAUCUGUUUGCUUCACUAGCAUUCAGAUUAUGACUUAUUGGUAAUUGUUUUGAAUUUUUUUUAUUUGGUGUAAUUUUUGUAAUGAAGAACAGUUUAUUCUCUUUUCUUUUUUCAAUCUAAAAGAUUUUAGAAGUAAGCUGACACUCCAUGUUGUUGUUAGUAAUAAAGUAAAAUUUCUAUUGAUAAAAUUUCAAGUGUAUAUUGCUUUUGGGGCA